AAAAAAAGCAAGGAGGCAGACGGGGAUUUUUGGACCGAUGCUUUUAGAUUGCUGGUUCUUUUCCCUCUAAGACACCAUAGACACUGCUGGACAGCGUCGAAACUGACUCGGAGGACCGGGCUGCAUUGGUCUCCUACUCAUGUGGGUCUUAUUUCCUUUUUACUUGAAAGGACUUUACGCUGUCUCGGUGAAGAAAACAAGGGAUUCUACAACUGACAAGAGUGCAACGAUGAAUUGGGUCAAAACGCUUUCCAGAAUUUUUGAAAACAAGCUGUUUAAGAGUGACACACUUGCUGCUCUCGCCAUACAAUCUUUAAAGCUGCAUUUGAGAUACCGUGGCUUAUAACUUUUCGAAUCUGUAAAGGGCAAAGUAAAUAUACUUUUUCUAGGGGAGCUGAGUGGUUUAUUUCAGGUGGAUACAAAAUCUACUCAGAGAUGACUGGAGUCUUGCUGACUGGAUUCACUCUUUUCUUGUUAGAGGCGGUAUGUGAAAGUGAGUCAACAAAUGCUGUGACAGAGAGAGUGGAUCACCCACAUGGACAAAACAGGCUGGUCCACUUAACAUCGCAUUGGGCUCUCCGACUGGUCAAUGACUCAGUACCCUUCUCCAGAGCUGAGAGCUCCUGCAGGGGUCAGUUCAGUUCCCUGCUCUCCCUGGACCAGUCGGAGGACCAGGAAGAACUGCGGAGGUUUCUGCAGCGGAUCGGGCUCCGCUCACCGCUCUGGAUCAAAGAUCCGACCACAGCAGCUCACAAGCCGGUGGCCCUUUCCAGGCAAUAUUUGAAAUUCUCAGCGCUAAACUUCCCAAGAGAGUCCCGCGAGGGCUUUGCUCGUGUCAACAUGUCCUUUCCCGUCCUGUCGUCCAUCAGCGUGUGCGUUCGCAUUCAGUGGGACCCCGAGUGGAACGAGGUGUCCACCAUUUUCUCGUACGCCGCGCCGGUUUUUACGAACGAGUUCCAGCUGCGAGGCCAAGUCAAUACGCAGGGUCAGAUCCUUCUGGCGCUCAUCAUCCACGGGAAGCAUCUGCCAUACAAGGCCUCCUUCUCAAACGACGGAAGAUGGCACCACGUCUGCGUUGCGUGGGGCCGAAGCAGAAACCACUGGGCCAUCUACGUGGACGGCGACCGGAGGGACACGGGCUCGGGCGCGGACAACUCCAGGGAUAUCUACGGCGACGGGAUUUUGAUCCUGGGUCAGGACCAAGACUCCUUCGGCGGGAACUUCACCGAGCCUUUUUUCGGAAAUAUCACCGACUUGAAUGUCUGGAACGCGUCUUUGGAGACGAGACACGUGCGUGGCUUGAACUCGUGCUCUCCGGUUACCCAACAAAGACUCUUCGGUUGGAAUCUUGACCUCAUAAGUAGACACCCUGUGGUCACAGAGGUGCAAGCCCUUUUGCAUUGCCCAGGCAUGCACCAGCAGAUGGAGCUGCAGGGUUGCAGGACAUUUCAGGGCUGGUCAGAUCAGCAGCCUCGCCUGGGUCUGACCGACUGUUCUGAUCCACUGCCUUUCAUCUGUAGGAGCAGCAGAGAGCGAUACCUGAGAAUGACACAGAUGAAGGAAUCUCAGAGCUCCGAGCCGAGUGCCUUUAUGAAUCAUCUAAUGAAGCUCUCCAACACAAGCCAGAUUGUACCCGACUUUCUGGGGACGCAACCGUCGGCUCUUCAGGACCUGACCCAGGCCUCGGUCCUGCUCAACAUCUCGGCCCAAGCCCUGGAGGACACUCAGCAGAAAGGCCUGCAGCCGUCCGACAUGGUGUCCCUCAUCCAGCUGUUGUCCCUGACCGCCGACGUCCCCUCACAAGCGUUUCCCCGCGUUGAGAACGCCACCCGGGAAAACAUAUCGGCGCUUGGUCACAACUUCAUCAGCGUGGCGGACAGCAUCAUCAGCGAGGACGACGCUCUCAAGUGGAAGGCGAUCAAAGAGAUGGUGAAUGGCCCCAUGGAUGUUGUCAAGAGCAUUGACCGGAUGGUGACCAGCUUGAGCCCUCGCAUGAUGGCGGAUGAUGAUCAGUUGACCAUUCACAGUCCCAACAUCAAGCUGAAGGUGCAGCAGCAGAGGCUGCAGGAGGGAUCUCAAGUAUCCAGCUUUUGUGGGCCCGAGACGGAGAAACACGCCGGUCUCGACUGCAUUUCAGUCCCACAACAGAAAAUACAGGAUCUCCACAACAGCGGCUUCUAUAAACUCACCUUGGUUAAUACAUGGUACGGCUCUCUCCGGCCUCCUUUCAGUCCAGAGGAAAACAUCACUAUGGUACCUACUGUCACUGAUGGCAGCCAGAGGUAUCUGGGCACCAUCCUGGGCUCUUCUGUUAUAUCCGCUUCAGUGCUGGGAGAUGGUCAGCCAGUUAGCAUGGCAAUCCAUUUCCAGCUCCAGCACAGAGUACAGAACGCUGUUGGCACAGUGUAUGAUCCAGUGUGCGCCUUUUGGGAUUUUGAUCUCAAUCCAGAGACUGGUGGAUGGUGGAAUACUAAAGGCUGUGAGGUGGAGUCCAAGCAUUUUGGAUACACCGUGUGCCACUGCAACCACACCACCAAUUUUGCAUUGCUGCUGCAAGUUUACGAAGCUCAGAGGAGCACGGAGAACGAAAAAGCUCUGCAGAUUCUGACGUUUAUCGGCUGUGGAGUGUCUCUGUGUGGCCUCCUCUUCACCUUCAUCCUCUUCAUUGCCGUGGGCGUCCCCAAGUCAGACCGUACCACUGUGCAUAAGAACCUGAUUGUAGCUUUGGGGAUUGCUGAGCUACUGUUGAUGUGUAGCGAAUGGGCAUCUGAAAAUAAGGCAGCGUGUUUCCUUGUGACUGCGCUACUCCACCUCUUCUUCAUGUCGUCCUUCUGCUGGAUGCUGGUGGAAGGUCUUCUGCUGUGGAGCAAAGUAGUGUCUGUCAACAUCAGCGAGGACCGCAGGAUGAAGCUGUAUUAUGUCAUUGGCUGGGGGUUGCCCGUCCUGAUAGUCGGCGUAACACUGGUGAUAUCGGUGGACAAGUACAAGGCAGAUGAUCACUGUUGGCUUAAUGUGAAGACUGAGACAAUCUGGGCCUUUGUGGGACCCGUUAUUUUUGUUUUGGCGGUCAACGCGGUGGUUUUGUGUCGGGUCGUCAUGGUGACGGUUUCCAGCGCUCACCGCCGCGCUAAGAUGCUCAGUCCAAGCUCGGCGUCAAAGAUGCAGACCUUUGACCUCACCUGGGCUGUGACCCGUCCAGUUCUCAUCCUGCUGCCCGUCCUGGGUCUGACCUGGCUGUGUGGAGUGCUGGUCCAUCUGUCUGUGGUGGUCGCAUACAUCUUCAUCGCCCUCAACUCUUUCCAAGGCCUCUAUAUUUUCUUGGUGUAUGCUGUUUACAACAGUGAGGUGAGGAAUGCCAUAAAGAGGAUCAAAGAAAAAAGAAAGGCCUUAUCUUUCACGAACUGCUCUCAGCCAACCAGCUUCCUGCCGUCCCAGAGAGCUCCGGUUACCUCGUGGAGACGUAGUCCACCCACGCCGUCCAGCCCGGAGACCAGUGAGACCUCUGGACCCACCAGUUCCACCUCCACAUCACUGGUCAUCAAGAACGAGAGUUUCAGAAAGGACAGCUUUGUGAGUUUCUCUUUGAGACAAACAUCAGGAAACCAAGUAGUGCAGCUAACAGGGUUCAAGCCAUCAGGUUGUUGAACAGCAAAUGGAGUGGGUCCUGCACUAACUGGCCAUACGCGCACCGGUCAGUCUGGAAAAAAAUAAAAACAUGGGACGGAUGAAUGCCGGAUGGAGAGCGUGGAAGAUAACGAGCGUGAGGGAAAAAGCGAAGCUCCAUCCAAUCCUACAAUGACCGCACUGUUCUCAGAUCAGAUCAGUAGCUACUCCCCCAGGCUCACACUUGUACAAUUUCUCCAAACAUUUGUUGUGAAUUGUUACAGUGGUGAGGAUUUUUAAACUCCAACAACCUGUUCUGGUAGUUUGCUCAAAGUUGGAAACCAAACGGUUUGAUUCAGUUUUCACUUUCUGGCUAAAAUCGGAACUUUUCAUCAAGCAGAUUUUGUGUUUUGUCACAAUUUGUGUAGUUGUGGUUUAGCACUACUUAUUUCUCUGCAGUAUUAAAGCCUCCAUAUCACAAAAUCCAACAAUGUGCUGCCACUUUUGAGGGAGUCAUCAUUAAUCCAGCGGCUUCAUUUUUAAGUGAACCUUUGGGAUUUUUAUUUUUUUUAAUUGGAAGAAACAGACAUUUUCAAACUUUCAUUUUUUUAUUUACAAUAUUGAAGAGAAUUUUGUUUAUUUUGUGAAGAGGAUCUUUGUGCCCCUACGUCUAUAUCUGGUCAAACCACACAUCCCAUUUAACUUCACCUAUCCUCUUAUUUCAGAUGGUUAGUUCAAGUUCAUCGUGAAUACCAAAACUCUUUCGACAGAAAGAGUCUGACUAAAUAAAGUUGAGUUGUCACAUGCAGUAACUUGAAUGCACAGGACAAUACUUUAGCAACGUUUGUGUUUUUUUUUCAGAUGCAGCAGACAUGUCUUUAUUAUAACCAGCUCCUGCUUUUUUUUUAUGCCAUCACCUGCAUGCUCUAUUUUUAGACAAUAACAGUAUGUAGAUGGACAUUUGAAGAACAAAGAAAGGAUCCUUUGUGAGGUCGUGUACAGUAGCCACUCGUGAUAAUGUGAAAAAAUGACGACAAAGAUGUGUUCAGCUUUGGGUAAAUUACAAACCUCACGUCGAGCCUGCCGACUGUUUUAAAUGUACGCUCCUGAGGAUUUCAGUUCACGUUUAAAUGUUUAGGAAAAUUGGAUUGUUGCUCCAUUAAGACGAGGCUCAAUUGUGUGACUUCAGUAUUGAGCUUUAUGAAUAUGAGCUCUGUAUAUUUUGUGUGAAAAUAGUCAAUGGAGUGCACAAAACGAGUAAAACACACACACCCGGAGCUUUACUUCAUCAGAUUUUAUUGGUUUGAUGCUGUUACAAUAAAAUAUAUCUUAAGAAAAAGAAAAAAAAAUGUCUUGGCCAUUUUCUCUUUCAGAGAAAAAAAGCAUUUCAGUGUAAGAUGGACAUACUGUCAACUCACAAGGGGGGGAAAAAAGAAGAAGUAACUAAGAACAGAAAAAAAAGAAACCAAUAUUAAGAAAAAUCAGCUCCACAACAGUAGCGAUUUGACCUCAACACAAAGCAGAUCACUUCUAUGUAGAAAUGUAACUUCAUAUUGUAGUAGAUAUUCACUUCACAACAUAAAUACACUGUACAGAAUGAUAACACACAGCUGGCUCAACUGGAAAACCAAGGUGCAUGUGUGUGUUGUGUGUGUGUGUGUAGGUGUGUGUGUGAGUUCAGGCAGAGUUAAGGCAGGCGGAGUGAUUGUCUACAACACGUUGAAAUGGUAUACAAGAACUAAUUUAGCAUGGCCACAGAGAGAAAGUCGGCAUUACAACAAUACAAAAAACCACUUUGGCUGUAUUUUCACUUUCUGUAUUUUCUGCUAAGGACAGAUUCUGAGUCUGAGACCUGGGAGAUCCCGUGGCAGACAAAACACAGUAAGUGCCAAAGUUCCGUCCACGAUAUAGUGCAGUAUUCUCUCCCAGGCCGUUUUUUUUUUUCUGAUACAGCGUAAAUGGGGCCGAUAAGGCCUGCCGUGUUCUCCUCUCACUGCCUGAAAUCAGUUAGCAACUAGUCAUAUUUUACAGAGCAACAGUUACUGUGACCGGGUAACACACAGAAGAAAAAAAAAAGCUCUCGAGUUAAUACCGAGCCGUCCAUUUAGCGGACUGUUUAGAAUAAAAAACACCAUGUAUAUCUUAUGCUAUUUUGACUUGCCUUGCUCUUCAUCUUUGCACCCAUCUUGCUUUGUUAACAUUAUUUCAAACAGUCUGUGGUUAUGUUCUUCUUUUUUGUUUUUGCUGGCCUUUUGCAUUCUUUCGCUAUAGUGCAACAUUUGUGGACAAGAACAACCCGAGAUGGCAGAUAAAAUACUUUUGGAUCCAAUAAAUAAUAUCAAUAAGAAUCACUGACCAAAACUAUUUCUGCCUGAAACAUUUCUUUGUGCUUAUUCAAACUCGAUUGGUUGUUUUAAGUUAUAUACCGUAUAAAUAUGUGUAUAUAAAUAUAGUGGUCUUGGGAAUGUUUUGGGGGGAAUUAUUAUAAUCUUGAUCUUUUUGUAACCCAAACUUUUGAAGCUAAAAGGAAACAGAGUCUCAAUACCAGGUGCACAGCCUGGUAACAUUUGUGCUCGCCUUAAACCGAACGCAGCAGACAAAAUGUUUGGCAAUGGACCACCAAAAGGAGUCACCACAAAUGCUUUAAGGGAAGAUUAACAUCUUUUGCUCCUGAAACGGCACAGAGCAGGAGAAUCAGAACAUGUCUUGGUCUCUUCCACGGUUAGAAAGCCACCUCUCGUCAACAUUUUAUCGCAUUAAGAAGGGAAAGGUUUAAAUACAGAUUUUUCAGGCUGAAUUGUUUUCUGGAGACGAUCAUUUUAAUGAAUUUCAAAGGUCAUCUGUGACCAAAUGUUCCACUCCCUCCCUGUGUAACCAUUAAAAUAUUAAGGAUAAGCCUCUGUAAAGCCUCUGUAAAGCUUUUCACACUUAAGAUUUUUUCUUAAAGGAAACUGCUCUUCUCAUAUUCAAGCAUAAAUCAUCCCUCCUUUUUACUUGACUUGAAUGUAUUUUUUCAAUUUCUUCAUUGUAGCAAAUUAUCAAAUUAUACCGACGGAUUCUAUUUCUUCUUUUGUCAUUGUCGUCUUUCACUGGCUUUCCCUACAUUUUCUCUCUCCUUUCAGUUUCUGUUCAGUAUCAAUCUUGAUAGGAAUACCGCAUGAAGAUUGAUCACCUCCAAAUGAGUAGAUUUAAAUGGUGUAAGUGCAUUUUCAUCUCUUCUGACUCGAUGAGCUCCAUGUUACCCCGAAGUCUGUGUUCUGAACCAAAAACCGGUUCAUUGAUGCUCAUUUUAACCCUAAUAGCACGCUUUCUGAAAAGAGAUGACAAAAUCUCAAGUAUAAAAAGUGCUGAGACGAUCACUUUUCAAACAUGCCCCGGCACCAGAGUCUACAAUCCAAGUCCUGCUGAAGUGUUUUGCCAAGUUCUCGCACAAAUACUUAAGUGUAGAUAUUACAAAGUAGGUAACUGUACAAUAUAUCCAUCUGGAAAACAUGUUUAAAAGGCUGCAAACCACUGGUGUUGGCUGGUACUUCUUCCAAAUUGAGACAUUAGCUCGUCAUCUUGUAGAAAAUUGUGUCUGUAGUGUUGAUAUUUUCAAAUUUUGUCAAAAAGCAGCUCAGUUAACCCUGGCUAAAAAUCUAAUUUUCAAUGUGGAAAGUCCAGUUAAUGAAAGUCACCUCAAAGUAGUUGUGCAGGACAUGAAAACAGGAACAUUCAAACUCUUUAACCCGAUCUUGCGCGUCAUUUCAAUCUCGAAAGAACAUUCUCUCCCUUUCUAACUCAAGCAAAAGCCCUAAAAACGGCAUGGCGGUUUGAAAUUGGGUCUUAGAUUUUUCAGUCUUUUCUGUUAUUCCCUGACACUCACGCACACACGCAAACACACACAUACGAACUUAGACGUACGACACGUGAUGGCUCUCACACACACACUCGUUUGGCAU